AGUCGCAGCCGCCUAGAUCUGUAUCGAGCCAACCGCCCCAGCGUUCACACACAGUGUUCCAUUCCAGUUAUCUCUCUCUUCUCUGUUGGUUGAGGAUUAGUGCCCGCCGAGGAGCCUACUUUGGUCGUAGUGACAUCCCCCCUCUUCGUUCGUUCAUCGCGCGAAGAUCAUCGUUCAUUCAUCGCCGAUCAUCGACACUGUCUAUCGCGGCUUUCUAUCGCAUCGCAUCGCGUUUGGAGUUUCAAACCGCCGUCAAGGGGUGUGCAGUACAGUACCGUCGUUUAACCGUUUAACAUCGUGUGUGUCUCUCGUUGUGUUCGUUAGUCUGCCAAGUGACGACCCUAGAGUGAGUGUCCUGAGCUGCCCUAGCCUAGCAACGCCUACCCGGAUUUUUCGUCGUGUCCUUUCAGGAGAAAAGUUAUUUUCUGAAAGAAAUCCUUGGAUUAAAUCUCGGAUAAGUGAUUUUGAUUGAAUCGAAAGUGAUUGACAAAAAAAGAAGGAAACCUUCCAAGUGAUAUUUCCGGCCCAUUUUCAACAGGCCGAAAUAAAAAAAGAGCGAAGAAGUGAACCCAAAAAGUGCGAAAAUUUCAACCGCCGUAACGUUGUGUGCGUGAAUUUUCUGCCAGAUUUCUGCCCGAGUCCCGAAGAACACAUCGCAUCCCGAGAGAUAAAAUGGCCACAGAAGUCGAGAACAAGCCUCUGACCGCCGCCGCCGGCGAGGAGGAGAAGAAGACCGAGCAGCCAGCGGCUGUCGCGGCCGAAAAGAAGGCCGACGAUGCUGCUGCGCCCACCGCCGCUGCCGCCGCCGCCACUGCCGAGGGUGGUGACAAAAAGGAGGGUGAGGCCGCGGCCGCCGGAGAAAAUCACGCCGCCGGUGGCGGAGACGCUGGCGCGGGUGGCGAUGGGGCGGCGGCCGGUUCCGGCACGGAGCAAGCCGCGGCCGCUGCUCCGGCCAAGAAGGAAAAGGAAGUGAAGCCCACCGUGCACAAGGCUAACUUCGAGAAGGACGUCGUGUACCUGUACCAGUUUACGCGCACGCCACUGCUGCCGUCGAUGUCGCCGUACUGCCUGAAGGUGGAAACCUGGCUGCGGCUGGCCGGGCUCAAGUAUGAGAACAUUGACCACAAGCUGAAGCUGCGCUCCAAGAAGGGACAGCUGCCGUUCGUUGAGGUGAACGGAGAGGAGAUCGCCGACUCGACCAUCAUCAUCAAGGAGCUCGGCCAGCGCUACGAGAAGGAUCUGGACGCGGCCUUGACCCAGGAGCAGCGCAACAUUGCCCACGCGAUGAUCUCGAUGCUGGAGAACCACCUGAACUGGGUGCUGCUGUUCUGGCGCAGCAAGAACCCCGAGCACAUGAUCAAGGGCUACAAGGUGAACCUGCAGCACGCCCUCGGAAGCCGUCUGCCGAACGCGCUGCUCAACUUCUUCUUCAAGUUCCAGUACGGACGCAAGUAUUUACAGGGCAGCAAAAAGGUGAAGGCCCAGGGUCUCGGCGUCCACAAGCCCGAGGAGAUUGAGGAGUUUGGCAAGCAGGACCUGAAGGUGCUUUCCGAGCUGCUGGCCGAUAAGCCGUUCUUCUUCGGCGAUGAGCCCACCAUUCUGGACUGCGUGGCGUUCUCCGUGCUGGCCCAGAUCCACUUCAUCUCGGACGAGGUCAAGUACACGCUGAAGGAGUUCAUGCAGGAGAACUGCCCGAACCUGGUGGGGCACGUGUCCCGGAUCAAGGAGCGCUGCUUCCCCGACUGGGACGACAUCUGCACCAAGCUGGACCUGAACGCGCACCUGCCGAAGCCGGAGCCGGAAACCAAGGAAAACAAGGAGGGCGCCGACACGGAGAAGACCGCCGAGCAGGACAAGAACGAGUCGGAGAAGGAGCUCGAGAAGGACAACGCGACCGAGAAGACGGAGAAGAAGGAGGGCGCGGACGCGGACAACAAGCCGGAAAAGGCGGCGGUGGAAGAAAACAAAGAGAAAGAGGAAGCUGCCGCUAAAUAAGUUGGAGGAUUAAAUUUAUGUGUCUAAUUUACAUUAUUUUUUUUUUGAAUUUGGUUUUUAUUUUCUCCGCAAAAAAAACAAACAAACACACACCGAUAAACAGACUCUCUCUCCCCCUAUGUUAGUAAUGACAGCAGCAACAACAACAAUAACAGCUAUUUGCGAGAAAGUUUUAGUUGGUUUUCUUCCGAGUUAGCAACACACACACACACCCUCACAAAUGUUUCGGUUCAUAAUGAGAGAGAGAGCGAGAGUGGGUAAGAGAAAGAGCGUUGCGAACGGGAUGAGAGCGAGAGCGAGAGAGAGAGCGAGAGCAUCGCGUGAGCGAGCGAGAGAUUAGAUAGAAAGAGAGCAUUUUUUUCGUGCAAAGUUAGUGGCUUCCCUUUAAGCACACAGAUAAAGAAAAAACACUCAAAUUUGACGACAAUUUUCGUGACAACAAAAAAAACUACUUUUUGAUCUGUUUUCUGUUAUUUUUUAAGUUGAGGCAGAGAUUGGAGAAAGAGAGAGCGAGGGGAGAAAUGUGAGAGCGAGAGAUUGGAUCCACCAGGAGUGAAGAGCAGAGAGUGCGCGAAGAGUUCGAAUGAGAGAAUAUUGUUCAUUGCUAGAGAAAUUGAUACGAGCCAGGACAGGACAGGAGGGAAUUUCAAAUUUACUUUUAGUGCUAGGACAUCAGUAAAAUACUCAAAAAUAAUGAAAAUCACAACAUCGCGAGUCUGGCGAGAGGGUUUCCCGAUCAGUGUGACGCCGUUUGUCGUCACAGGAAAAGGGAGCUCGAUCGCCGACGGAAAAGAUCAGUUUUGUUCGUUCUGCACUUUUUUUAAAGUAAUGCUAUCUUUUUGUAGUAAUACAAUUCUGAAGAACGCCCGCGUGUAAUAAUGGUUUAUUAUUACAUUUAUAUAUUUUAUAUAUUAUAUUUUCGUAUAUAUUUAUAGUAUUUUAUAUCAAUUUUAUGUAUAGUACAGUCUCUACUUCUCUUUAUAUUAGUUUAAGGGUAAUACAAAAGAACAAGAAGAAGAUCGAUUAUUUCCAAAUUUGUGUUUUGUACAAAAUUUUGCCAAGUGAACGAGUUUCCCAUUACUUCUCAGAACGUUUUUAUUCUUCAGAUUGAAGCUAAAGAGUAAAAACCAGGCAGAGGGAAAUUAUCAUUCAGAGAGAGAAAAGUAUAGCGUUUUCUUUUUUGUUUGUUUGGAUCUGUAAGUGUAAACACGUUAAGAAACGACAAGAGCAAGUAAAACGAAACGGUUGCAAUUCACGUAUAGAGCAAAUAAUGCAAAAA